UGUCACAACCAUUUGAGUUUUUGAAUGCUUACCGUAUACUGGCCGCGCAUUUCUGUUGAUCACUGAUCGCUUUCGCUAGCCGCCAUGGACCCAGUCAAUCUGGCGUUCAAAGUACUGAAAUCCGUGGCGCGUAGCGGCAGUAAAUACGCCAUCGUCUCCGCCAAUUCGUUGUUGAACAAAAUCGACCCGGACACUCAGCAAGCCCGUUCGGCAUUACUCGCCCACUGCAGCCCUUUGGAUAUUAAGGAGAAACUAUUAGAAAUCCAUCAGUUUCUGGAGACAACCACCGCUGAUCUUAAAGAGUCGUUGACCGCGGAAAUUGCACAGCUGCAACUCACCGUCCAACACCGCGACGUCGACAGCAGCUUGAGCAAAAUCAAUUAUUAUCUGACAUUAUUAUUAAAGUCGGAUGCGACAUCUCGGGAUUAUGAUAAGAAAGAGUUCCUCCGCGCGUGUAAAAAUUACGAUCCCAAGGGUUUGCUCGCCGCGUUGCACGAAGAUGUUACGGGAGCGUUUUUAACCAGGAUUAUCGACAACUGUACAUAUCAAUUUUUGUUACAGUGGUGCGAUAAGAUCUCGUUGAAUGCAUUGCGCGCGUAUCUGUGUUCGAUGCACCGGCUGUAUGUUAUGAUGGAAGAUGACCAGUCGUUAGUGACAUCGACGACACUGAACCGCGAAGAUGUGGCCAUGACCGGCCAAGUGAAAAGUAUCCUUAAAGCGGUGAAAUUGGCUAAGUUUCAUUAUGAAACGCGCAUCUUUGCGGUGUCAGAAAAAGGUCCCUCCGAUUUGGUGGCGCUAAUUGAUGAGUUUUUUGUUAAUUCCGACAACGAGUCAAAAACCGCCCAGGCCAACCAGGAUUUGGCGGUGAAACUAGGCGAAAAGCUGAAUAAACAGUUCUCAUGGUAUUCCUGGGCGGUGGUCAUUGCGGAAGACAAUCCUAAAGAACUGAACUUUCUCUCGUACUCGGCGGACUUUGAGGAUGAUCUUUUCAGCCAGGAAUCUACGCACCAGCAGUUUCUGCCGUUCUUUGGAUCAAAAUCAGCCACCGCACCGAUGCAUGAGAAUAUUGUCAGCGGUAAACAGUAUGGCUUUAUCACGUGUAAGCGGAAAUUUCAUGCCGGUGCAAAACUGGCGCAUCAGCGCCGAUUGACAGUUUUCUGGGCAAACCCGCAACAGUUGCUAGAGACUGUGCCGGAGGAUGCGUUAAAAGAUGCCUUGAAAGGCGUAGACAUCGCUGAGCUUACAGAAGAGUUUAAAGCAGCGCAUAUUAAACACUCUGCUACCCAAACACCACGGAUGUCUGUUUGACGCUUUGGCGGGCGAGAGUGCGAGACGAUUGUCUGCGUAUUCGCUACCGCUCCUGUCCGCCGCCGAGGUUCUAGUUGACAAACAAGCGGGAAGAUGUAUGCAGCCUCAACAUGCUCCAUCCCAGAAAGUACUUUUCAAUUGUCACCGUCUCGUCCACUGUAGGAUCAACAAUACUGACGAAGGAAUGUCAGAACCGAAUGCUGUCCAAGUACGUGGUUGUCUUCUAGGGGCCUUGGUUGGAGAUUGCCUGGGACGGUUGUUUGAGGGCGAUCCACCGCCGGUGAAAGUAUCGGAGAUCGUAGCAACAAUUGCCGAACAAAAUAAUAAACCGUAAAAGCACACAUCAUAAAUAUGUAUUCUGCCGGAUGUCACAUUUUGCAGCGAUACACGGCAAAAACAGCUGAAAAGUUCAUGGUUAUGUGUAGAUAUAAGAGAAACUGAGUACCGGUAAUGUGCAAAUAUAUUCGGACUUUCGUUUACUUUAAUUGCUAGGGUACUUUCACUUUAAUCACUUUCACGUUAAUUAUAUACUUUUCUUUCGUAUUGGGAGAGUGUUUUAGAAUUGCCAUUGCCGUACACGGAUGAUACGGCCAUCAUCGGGCCAUGUGUCACACGCUGGCCGAAUCGUUGAUUCGUUGCGGACGUUUCGACGCUCGCGAUCUGGCCAAAUCUUUCAAUGACAGGUAUGAAGCACAGUGGACCAAGAAGCGCCUGUACGCGAGCAGCGUAAAGCACAUCUUUUCCAUCUGGGAGGACAAUGACUUUGGAGGCGAUAUUUUUGAACCUGCGCGACAGCAGUUUAAUGGUCGGGGAUCGUUCGGGAACGGUGGGGAAUGCGGGUCGCCAGUAUCCCACUAUUUUGUGGGAACCGUCUGGAAGAGACGUUAGAGAUUGCCCGCCUGAGCAAGCAGUUGACUCACAACCAUCCACUUGGCUACAACCGAGCCAUUCUACAGGCGUUGGCUGUUCACCUGGCCCUGCAUUCCGACACUCCAGAUGGUGAAUCUUUGUUGGAUGCUCUCAUCAAAUUUGCUAGUGACCGUUUAGAUUUUGUGCUGUUCGCCAUAAACAGCCACGUGUUUAGCAUCAGAAAGUUAAGAAUUUUUUUCUACACCUUUUGAUUUGCAAUUAGUAUAGUUGCACUUCGAUAUUCACGGAGCGCGAGCGUCUGAAAGUAGCAUGCAAAGAAAGUGAGAAAGCGUCCAAGUUUUACUGGUGGCGUGUCGUUGCGGGGUUACUUUUGAACCGCGGACCGACUGAUCGGUUCAACCUCUUUUUGUCGUCCUUUGUAUGUUUCUGCUACCUACAGUUCAUGUGCUCGACGCUUUAUUCGGCUUUAACAUCGCGAUGGAGAAAAUAUUUGGCUGUUGCACUACGAAAUUGCGCUCUAUAUUCGGUAAUCCAUGAUGCUUACUUAUUUUGCUAGCAUGCAGCAUCGAAAGAACUGUACAGCA